AUGAGUGCCAAUUUGAUUUUGGCGGAUGAGGAAGCAGCUCCUGCGACUGGUGCGGAGGCAGAUAGGAAGCAGAUGCUGAAGGAGAAAGUUUUGAGAAUUCAGCAGAAGUUUGAGGCGAUAAAGCAACACAUGGCUACAACGGCGGGAGCAGGAGGGCCGCUAAAGGGAAGCAAGUCAGGCGCAACGCUCACAAGAGAACAGCAAUACCAAGUUCGCGAACUAGUGGCAGCGAACUUGAGUAAGGCGGAGGCGAUGAUAGGUCAAUGCCAGGCAGCUGUGGACCAGGAGGGGAAGGAGGUGGAUCAUGGAGGUACGAGUAAUGCUAUUGUGGACGCAGCUGCUCCUGCACCUGAGGCCGCUGGAGCAAGCGAGGCACAAACGGUUGAUGGCGGCACUAUAAAAAGAGAGGUGGAAAAAAGUAGUAGACCUGUCACCGCACCUGCAGCACAAGGCAGGAGUCAACAGCCACCAACUAGAGGGCGAUCGAGAACGGCCGCUCCACGCAACAAGAAACCAGGUUUGAUGUCUUCGUACACAACAGGCAUCAAAGCGAACAAGCAGGCGACUGUGAAGGAGGUCUGUAUCCUAAGGCACCAAGCCGCUGUGAUACAACAUCAGGCGGAAGUGAUUCAGGAGCAAGCGCAACUAAUUUCACAGGCGGUGAAAAACGAUCAAAUCUCAGAAACGGGAGGAAUGAU